GAGAUAACAGAGAGCAGAGUAAGCAAAAGCAGUGUAGUCAUCGCGGCUUGAGCCAGACAACAACAAGAUUGUGUUGCGCGCGUGCAACGACGACGACGGUGACAAGUGCGAUGAGCCGAGCCGCCUGAUCUGAGAAAACGACGGGCGUUUUCUCGCCGCACUGCCAACUAUUAUCAACACACCACUCGGGAAACAACUGGGAUGAGUGUUUUCGGAGACUUCCAGCGGGUCUGGCAGGAUCGCUUCCCAGAUAGUGCUUUACCAGCUGCAUGGGAAGAAGAUGUUAGAGCAAAUCUGGUCAAACAUAAACAAAAGGUUAAUCAAUUAAGGGAAGAAUUAGAGAAAGAAGAGUUUUACGUAGAAUACUUAGAAAGGCUUUUAGCAGAUGUUGAAAGACAGAAAUUAGCCAAUGCAUCUGCAUCUUCAGAGUCCAAAGGAUCUGGUGGUGCAUCACCAAAUCAUCAAAGCUUCCACUCUGCAGAGACAAAUGUAUUAGAUUCAACAGCUCAAUCUGAGGAAGCUAAUAAUUGUGCUCCACCCCUUCCUGCUCGAGAAGAUCUCAGUAAAUUACAAAAUAAAUGUGUAAAUGAGUUGAGUUCAACUUUAUGUUCUAGUAAAAGGCCAAAAAGUGAAAUACCAAGAAGUCCAGAGAAAGUGCCUGAAUCUAGGAGGAACAGUGAUCCAAGUGAUAUACCAAGCAAUUAUAUCACUGUUAUUCAAGUCACAGGCAAUUCAAAGAAAGAUAAAAAUGAAGAUUCUGUAAAAGAAGAAGAUGAAAAAAGUUCUGAAAAACCUCUUGAAGAUGCAGAUGAUGGUGAUGCGGAUGCAUCAGAAGAAGAGCCUUACUAUGAUUCAGUAGCUCUUGAUCAAACUGGAGAAUAUGUUUAUAUUGAAGCCCAUGCACCUCCUAUUGGAAGCAAUGGCAAAAACAAAGUGCAAUUACGAAGACCACCUUCCCUACCAGAUUCUCCUGGGAACCAGAGCAAUUAUGUCAACAUUGACUAUUUUAUUCAACAUCGUGCAGCAAUGGAUAGUGAAGACGAAGAAAAUUCCGCCCCUCCUAUUCUUCUGCGUACCUUGAGUACUGAUAAUGAAACUGGUAGCAGUGAUGCUGAACCAUUAAGUCUCAGUGAAGGCAGUUUAGAAUCACCUACACCUACAACACCUCGGCGUCAGGAAAAAGGUAAAAGUCAAGAUAAUGACAGAACAUCAAUGGUCAAAUGUAUCAUCAAUUCUGUUGUUGAAAGUGAAACUAUAUAUGUUGAGUGCUUGGAUGUUAUGAUACAGUACAUGAAAGCUAUCAAUGCUACAGUUAACACAUCACAGCCAGUCAUAUCUCAAGAAGACUUCAACACUAUAUUUUAUAAAAUCCCUGAUUUACAUAGGUUGCAUCAAGAGUUCUUAGAUGAUCUACGAAAAAAACUUGAUACAUGGGAUAAUAAAACUACCAUUGGUGAACAAUUUAGGGUGAUGGCAAGUAAAAUCCGAGAUUAUGGUGCAUUUCUUCAUAACUAUGCUCGUGCCACUGACACAGUACGCCGCUGUUCCUCGCAAUCAUCGCAAUUUGCAGAAAUUACAAGAGAUAUUAGACUAAGGGGUUAUCCAAAGGGACCAGGAUUAUCUUUAGAAGAUCUCUUACAUAAGCCAGUAGCACGAGUUCAAAAAAAUGCAUUAGUGUUACAUGAUUUAUUGAAACACACUCCAUCAAACCACGCUGAUCAUGCCCCACUUUCAGAUGCAUUAGCAAUGACUCGUAAUUUUUUGGACGAAUUCAAUAUAAUUCAAACAAAGUCCAUGUUCAAGAGCCAUGAUCGUGCUCAAAGAAGGCUUGUAAAAAAUUCAUUUGUAGUCGAAUUAUCUGAUGGUCAUAGAAAGCUAAGGCAUUUAUUUCUUUUCAACGAUGUCAUUUCAUGUGCUAAAUAUAAGGCUUCUGGCAAAGACAAAUAUACUUUUGAAUUAAAAUGGUUUAUUCCUAUGUCUGAAGUAGUAGUUAUGGAAGAUGGUAUUGAACCGAGAGAAAAUAGCCCAGCAAAUGUAGUAGUACUUAGAUCUCAAGCUUGUACAGUUAGAGAUCAAAUUCUGUGGGAGGAAAAAAAUGAUGACAGAAAACUACGAAUUGGUGGAAGAGGUUCAGAAAAAAAUCGAAAAAAAUUAGCUGAAUUGGAGGCGCAAUUAGUGCUGGCAUCACCAAACUUGAUUCUUAAAGUUGGUCAAAAAAAUCAAAAUCGCAUCCAAAAUUCGUAUACAUUCUUUUUGUCGAGCGAAUUUGAACGAUCACAGUGGAUAGAAGCUAUUGAGGCAUUGCAACAGAGCGGACAACCACCGGGACCAUUACCGCUUAAUAUGUAUGAUUUAAAAGCAUGGAUAGCAGCAUGUCGAACUUAUUUACAAACCGACAUGGGUAGUUACUUAUUGCGCUCCGGUAGAGAUGAAUGUCUUUUAUUGGGAGAUCUGCAGCUCACUUUGCUGGGAAUCACGUCGCCUGGCUUGGACAGAACUGGUGACUUUUAUAUAGUAAUAGAAGUUGAUAGUUAUGGACACUACUUUAAAAGAGCAAAAAGUCACAUUGCCAGAGGGCAAAUGCCAAUUUGGGGACAAACUUUUAUCGUUGAGUUGGAAGGAAGUCAAAACGUUAGAUUCUUACUGUAUGAAGAAUGUGGAUCUCGAUCUGUAUUGAGAGGGAAAUGUGCUCAACGCUUGAGUCGCUCUUGGUUACUUGGGGAUCAAGUAACAAAGACAUUAAGCUUAGGUUCAGCUAGUCUCGAAGUUACACUCAAAUUUAUUCCAAGCGAAGUCACCUUACGACGCGUACCCUCUGCUAAACCUCAAGGUCUAUUUGGAGCUAAAAUCCUGCAAGUCUGCAAGCGUGAAAAACGCGACGUACCAUUCAUAGUAACAGCGUGCGUAAGAGAAGUGGAGAAAAGAGGGAUGGCCGAAGUAGGUCUCUACCGAGUGUCUGGUUCUGCUUCAGAUGUGGCCAAAUUACGGAAGUCAUUUGAAAGUAACUCGUACGAAGCAGAACAGCUAUUGAAAGAGGUGGAUGUUCAUUCGGUGACUGGUGUCCUGAAACUCUACUUACGCGAAAUGCCUGAAGCCUUAUUCACUGAUGCCCUCUACCCUGCCUUCCUCGACGCCUUCCAGAGCGGUGAGCUUUCACGGGGCAGUGCCUUACGCCGCGUCUACGACAGUCUCCCUCAGGUUAAUAAAGCCGUCAUCGAUUUUCUACUCGCACAUCUGAUUCGCGUUAACAAGUUUGAAGCCCAGAACAAGAUGUCUUUGCAUAAUUUGGCCACCGUCUUUGGGCCCACGUUAUUAAGACCUGGAACUAGUAAUCGUCCCGACGCCAAGAAUCGUGAUCCUUUGGCAGCCGGCACAGUCGAUGUGAUGGCGCAAGCCGGAAUACUUUACUGUUUUUUGCAGAUAAAUAUGCACCAGAACAAUCAAACGUCUACCCUCUAGUCAAAAUGUGUAAUAUUCAUAUAUUAUAUUAUAGAAGUGUAUUUCGAGCAACGAUUAUCGGAAACCAACAAUAGGGAACCUUUCGUUGAUUUUAAAACGAUUGUCCAAUGUUUGCUUGAACUUUAUUUUUUACUACGUGUUUGUUUGAGUGCGUUAUUGUUGUUUCGUUCUAGAAAUAUUCGCUUCAACAUCUUUCAUUUCCAUAUGAGAGAACAAACACCUUCUGGAAAAUUUUAUCGGGCCAAAUUCUAAUAUUUAAUAAAGAAAAAGGUAUAUUUGACAGGACCAUAAAUUGGAAACCUCCAAUAUGUUUUUAUAUACAAACAAAAAAUCAUUGUUUUGCUAUUACAAGUUUUAUAUGAAUUUUUUUAUAUUUUGCGUUUUUGAAAAUGAUUACAAAAAAAAUUUUUAUUGAUUAAAAAUUAGGUGUGCUAAUAAAUUACGUAAUUGGAAAAUAAAAUUAACGAUUAACUUCGCGAGCGGAGUUACUUCCGGUUUGCGUAUAAAAUUAUAUUUUCGAUUGAUGAGGUGAUAAAAACUGGGGAGAAAGUAUGAAUAAGUCUCACACUUUGAUUCAGCAAUAUCAGAUCGCAAUAAUCGGUAUAGUCAAGUUGGAAGUAAGAAAAAUUAAUCAAAAUCAUAAUGACAAUUCGGAAAAGCUUCUUUGUGAAAUAUCGAAAUAUCUUACUAUACAUCACGAGGAAUGUAAAUUAAGUUUCAUACAAGACUUUGCUUGAAAAUCCGUGAAGAAGGCAUCAUAUUUUUAUAAUUAUAAUAUUCUAUCAUAUUUUUAUUUUUACGGAUGGUGGUAAAUGGUGGUUUAUAUAAUAUUUUAAUCGAAGACUCUUGUAUCAACAAUUUUGGAGUACAUUGAUUUUAACCCACAUUACAAAAGAAAUGUUAAAUGUAACAAAAAUAUAUAUUUUUAAAACGCCGAAGGUUGCCCUCGUGUGUUCCCUCUUGAAGUCUGAGGAGUUGUCCGUGAAUUUUGAAACGUGUAUUUUUUAUAUUAUAAUCUAUGCAGGCAAUAUUAGCAGCUUAACCCGAAUUGAUGUACGUACCACAGGAAAUACUGCUUAAAGAACAUGAUUAUGCGCGAAUAAAAUUAGCGUUGAUAGGCCAAGUUUUAUAUUUUAUACUUUACCAUUAUGUACCAUGUAUUCUUGAAAACGAAAUAGUAAAUACACCUAAAAGAAACACUUUUUAAUCGUAGAUGAAAAUGGCAUAUAAUAUAUAUUAAGAAAAUCAGUACCUUCUAAGAAAUACAAGGUAACUGAUUUUCGUAUCAUAGUCAAACAAACAUACAAAAUUAUCCAUCAAUUUACCAGCUUUAACACAUUCUUUACUAUAAAUGUUUCUCAGUCAUAGAACAAUUUCUAAGAUUUAAAAAUAUUAUAAGUCACUGCCAACUUGAAAAACAUCAAAGGUAUUUAACUUUUAUACCAAUAAAUUUACAAGUAUGCUAAAUCUGAAUAUAUGUGCUGCUAACUAUUACGAGAAAGUAGAAAAUGUAGUUUUCGAUUAUUGUUCCUAUAAAAUUCAAAUUCGUCCAUUCCACUGUUGUGCAAUGUAUAUUUAUUCAACAAACUGGUGUUUUCAUUGCUUAGAUUUUUGUAAAAUAUUCUAUUCCGUUUAUCAACACUUUGAAUUUUCAACAUUUUGAUAAACCAUUGUCAAAGCAAUAGAUUGAAAAUGCGGUCGUGUUACAAUGUACGUAAAAAUAGUUGUGCAAACAACUCUUCUAUUGAUAUGGUUCAACGAAUUUUUUCAAAUCGAAUCAUUCACUUGUAAAUGCCUCCUUUCAUCUGGUAUUAAUUGAAAAAUUGUGAGAAAUGGAGUAGAAUUAAAGAUAAAAGUAGUUCUGUCAAAAACAUAAGAUUGUUUACAUUCGCUUUGAAAGUAACCAUUGCACCAAAGAAAAAAUUUAUGUCUGUUUUUUGACAUGGCACAGGAAAUCAAAAACAUUUGACAGUAAAAAUUACUCCUUUUCUAGACCUGUCCCAAGUUAUAAAUGGUACAGCGAGAAAGUUUUGUUAACCUGUUUACAAAAAUAAGUGAAAUCAUACGUGAAGAGAAAAAUUUUUAAGCUUUGGAAUCUGUUUAAUUGUUAGCUCGCGAACUCAUUGAUUGACAUUCAUACGUGAAUAUUGCGUGAAAACUGAACACAUUGAAACUUUAAAGAAUACAGUGAUAUGAAGCAUAAAAAAAAGAGAGUGAAAAGAAUUAAUUAAUUCAAGUGAAUAUAUGCAUACUUUGCUUGACGCUAGAAUGCACGUGUAUAUGCGAGUUUGUAUGCUGAUUAUAUUAGACGUGAACGCAAUGGCCCAUCUGUAUUAUGUAUCAUAAAGUACAUAUGAAGUAUUUUUUAUAAUUCUUAAGUAUAACCGUAUUUUCUACCUUGAAUAUUAAACGUUUUGAUAAAAGAAAUCGAUGCACAUACCUUUGUACACGGAAAUUGUUGUGAGGAUCAUUGAAAAAAAUAAUUAAAGUAAGCAAAAGUUCUCUUUCAAGGUAGAUGAAGAUUUACGUCUUUUACAUUACGAUAGUAAAGAAAUUUAAGCCGAUAUGUUUCUUUUUCAAUUGUAUGAUCUUAGCAUGUGUAAAAUUGAUGAUUAUUGCUACCUUAUUAGAUUAUAUUUUACAUAUAUAUAUAUACAUGUAUGUAUAUAUGUAUGUAUGUAU